AAAGAAAAAAGAAGAAGGAUAGAAAAGUAAUCAAAAGGAAACUCAGGAAAUUGUUGAAUAAACAAUGCUUAGGCACUGAUUCACAAGAGGAGAGAAGGACACGCAGAGUUUAGUUUAGUGUUUGUCUGUCUUAGAUUUUGAAUUUUGAAAGCAAAUCAGAUUAACAAAUAGUUGGCGACAACGUGUCUUUCUUUUGUUGUUUAAUAUCGAAUUGCUUGGCGCUUUUCAUUUACUCUAUCGUUGGCUCUCUCUCGCUUUCUCUUCAUGCAUCCGUUACCUUUCCCAGUAAACACUAUUUUCCCUUUGAUUUUCUCGCCCAAGUGAUCACUCCUUGAUAAGUAUUUAAUGUUGUCUAUGUUGUUGGUUUUUGUCGAGAGAGAGAUAGAGAGAUCAUGGGAUUCUUGAAUGCGUUCUUGGAAUUUCUUGGUUUUGGAAUUGGACUUCCUUUUGGUCUCUUGAUUGGUUUCUUUCUAUUCGUUUAUUCCAAGCCUAAAGAUGUUAAGGCAACACAAGGCCUUUUAGUGUAUGCUCAAAAGGACGCUGGUUGAAGUUGGAGAGGUGUGCUUGGUAAUCUUUGCUUAACAUGCGUGCCAUUUUAAUGUUGGGCUAUCUAAUGCAGGAUCCAGUGGUCAGGCCACUUCAUGAGUUAGACACAGAUGCUUUGCUAGAUAUUCUACCAGAUAUCCCGUUAUGGGUUAAAUGCCCUGAUUAUGAACGAGUAGACUGGUUGAACAAGUUUCUCUUGGAUAUGUGGCCUUACCUUGAUAAGGCAAUUUGUGCAAUGAUAAGAAGUACAACAAAACCUAUGUUUGCGGAGUAUAUUGGGAAGUAUAAGAUAGAAGCAAUUGAGUUUGAGCAUCUAACUCUCGGAACUCUUCCUCCUAUAAUUCAAGGUCUUAAAGUCUACGAAACUAUGGAGAAGGAUUUAGUCAUGGAACCAGCAAUUAGGUGGGCUGGAAAUCCCAACAUCGUUUUGGUGCUACAAUUACUGUCUGUAAGACUUAGAUUUCAGUUAGUUGAUCUGCAAAUAUUUGCAGCGCCACGAGUAGCUUUGAAACCUCUCGUGCCUACCUUUCCAUGUUUUGCAAAUAUUGUGGUGUCCUUGAUGGAGAGGCCUCACGUAGACUUUGGACUGAAAAUACUGGGAGGAGAUGUUAUGUCCAUACCUGGCCUUUAUCGAUUAGUUCAGGAUAUGAUCAAAAAACAAGUAGCGAGCCUCUACCUAUGGCCCCAAACUCUCGAUAUACCUGUCAUUGAUGCCUCAACAAUGGUUAUAAAGAAGCCUGUGGGGAUACUUCAUGUGAAAGUUGUGCGCGCAAAGAAACUUUUGAAGGCUGACAUCCUGGGAACUUCUGAUCCAUAUGUGAAACUUUGCCUGACUGGAGAAAAGCUCCCGGCAAAGAAAACAACAAUCAAGAAGAAGAAUCUGAAUCCUGAAUGGAACGAGAACUUCAAGCUUGUUGUCAAGGAUCCUGAAUCUCAAGCUCUUCAAUUACAAGUGUUUGACUGGGACAAGGUUGGUGGUCAUGACAGAUUAGGAAUGCAGUUUGUUCCCCUGAAAGUGCUUACCCCCCGUGAAACUAAGGAAUUCACUCUUGAUUUGCUUAAGCACACAAAUAUUUCGGACUCUCAGGACAAGAAACAACGAGGGCAAAUUGUGCUGGAGCUGACCUAUGUGCCUUUCAGAGAAGACAGUAUCGAGUUUAGUGGACCUUUGGAUGGAAAUGAUAGAAGGGGAAGUGCAAGUGGUAGGUCUUCUUCAGGUGACGAAUCAUUGAGUGGAGCAGGUUUGCUCUCAGUCAUUGUUCAAGGAGCUGAGGACGUAGAAGGGAAGCAUCACAUUAAUCCGUAUGCUUUAGUCCAUUUCAGAGGAGAAAGGAAGAGAACUAAGAUGAUUAAAAAGACUCGCGAUCCACGCUGGAACGAAGAAUUCCAGUUUACUCUCGAUCAACCUCCCUUGCACGAGUUGAUUCGUAUCGAGGUCAUGAGCAAGCGGACAAGCUUUAGUUUCCGAUCAAAGGAAUCAUUGGGGCAUGUGGAAAUCAAUCUUGAUGAUGUUGUGCACAAUGGACGCAUCAACCAGAAAUACCAUCUAAUUGAUUCGAAGAACGGAGUGAUACAUGUUGAGAUUCGAUGGAGUACAGUUUGAGAGAUUGAAGAGUGUAAGGUGGAUGUGACAUUUUUUUUUUUUUGGAGAAUACACAAUUGAAUCAAAAUUACUGGACAGAGGAGAGAAGUGAAAUAUUUGUAAAUGUAACACAAAAUACAUAAUACAUUUGUUCUGUUUUGAGGGUUCCGAGGGAGGAAAGGCCCAGGAAAAAAAGGCCUUCACUUGUACAUAGAUACUGUAUUGUUUCAAUAUUCUAAAGUGAUAUGCAAAUUUUGAUAGCAA